CCGCCGCUGCUUGGCCGGAGUCCUGCCGCUCUGCGUGACGUCAUCGGCGCGCGGCGGGCCGGGCACGUCGCGGGAGAGCCGGAGGACUGGCGGCGCGGCGAGGCUGAUCGGUGCUAACGGUCCGUUCGUCAGGAUUUCAGUCGGGAAGAGCCGGAGACCCCCAACCACCCCUCCACCUCCCCCCUCUUCAAUCGGGAUUUGGCGGCGCCUGCCCGGGAAGGCAGGCAACAAAAGUAAACUUUAAAAAAAAUGAGUAAAAGUUACAAUAAGUCGGGCUCGCUGAGGGGCUUGGAGAGGGUGGCGGUGGAAGUUAAGAGUAAGUUUGGAGCAGAAUUCCGAAGAUUUUCAUUAUGCCGGUACAAACCUGGGAAGUUUGAUGAAUUCUACAACUUAAUCCUUCACACACAUAAUAUUCCCAAUAUGGAUGUAUUAAUUGGAUAUGCAGAUGUUCAUGGUGACUUGCUUCCGAUCAACAACAACGACAAUUUCUGCAAAGCCAUUUCCAUGGCUAACCCAUUACUCAGAAUUUUUGUGCAACGGAAAGAUGAGGUAGAUUAUGAUCUCUUUGGCACUGAUUCAUUGACAAGAAAGAAGAAACCUUUGGGAGGUCUCCGAACUGAUACACUUCGAAAGCGCGUUCACCUCAAUAUUAGUAUACCUCAAGACUUCAGACCUGUUUCUUCUAUUAUUGAUGUGGAUAUUCUGCCUGAAACUCAUAGAAGAGUCCGAUUGUACAAACAUGGAUGUGAAAAACCCUUGGGAUUCUAUAUUCGUGAUGGCACUAGUGUGAGAGUAACUGCACAUGGGCUUGAAAAAGUUCCAGGUAUCUUCAUCUCAAGGCUUGUGCCUGGUGGUUUAGCUGAAAGUACAGGGCUCCUUGCUGUUAAUGAUGAAGUCCUAGAGGUAAAUGGAAUUGAGGUGAUGGGAAAAACUCUUGAUCAAGUUACAGACAUGAUGAUUGCCAACAGUCACAACCUAAUCAUUACAGUAAAACCAGUGAACCAGAGGAACAAUGUCAUUCGCAGCAGUCGUAUGUCUGGUAGCUCUGGCCAUUCAAAUGACAGUACAGCCAGUCACCAUAGUCUAUCCUCUACCCAUAUUAUGCAGAAUUACAAUCCUGAAGAUGAAAGUGAUGAAGAAGCUGACAUCAUUAUUGAGGGAGCUGAUGACUGUCAGAACAUUCCGUUUAAGUUACUGCCUUCAUCCUUCACUUCUCAAACAAACUCUGGUAAUCUUAGUCAGAGACUGCAGAAGGAACUGACUUUCAGUGAUUCCAUUAGAGACAACAAAGGAAAUAUAUUUAAAACACUAACUGCAAUCAAAGCUGAGGCAAGGCAUAGUCUAGCUCUCAGCAGAGGAGGCAUUGAAGAGGAUGGAACAGUCAUAACACUUUGAAAGUUUGAUUCAGAUUGAUGUGGAGAACCAGCAGAGAAUAAUGAAUUUAGUUACAGUUCAUGGUUUUUAAUUUCUGGAAUUUUGGGGAAUAUUUUCUAUUUUUAUUGGAAUUUGGUAUGUCAAAUUUUUUCAUGAAUUCCUUUAAUGUGUGAAAGAAAAUCCUGGUGAUAAAUAGGUCACAGGGUCAUAAAUUAUUUUAAAUUUGAGGUUUUUAGUCAAGAUACUUUUACUUGAAAAGCACAUUACCAAAUGAUUUUAAACUAAAUAAAUAAUUGAGCUGUCCUUUGGGCAGAAGUGAUUGUUGUAUAGCACCACUUGCUGGAUAUGAGCAGAGGUUUGUAGCAAUAAUUUUACAUCACUUUAGAUUCCUCAAACAUGAUUCUGGGCAUUACAGCUAUUAAUCCAUGCAUCAGUACAAUCUCGAAGCCCUUAAAAUAAUUUGAAGCAGUGAUCAGUAACAACAUUUGGAAUUGCCACUGUAGUUAAGUGUAUAUCAGCAUAAAAUGCCCUGUUCAGCAUUCACGUUCUAUGUUUUCAUUUCUAAGUUUUGAUGUUGAAUAUUUUUGGAGAUUAAUCACAGUAAAUGUGAAGUACCUCUGCAAUGUGUCUUUACCAAAACUUUUUAGAGCUGAAAAUAAUAACUAUCAGCAAAUAGGAGGUAGUGACAGUUAGUAGUCUUUAGAAAAUAAUGGACACCUAAGAAUGAUCUGGAGCUUAAGGUGAUAUAAACAAGGCUUGACCAAAGUGCAGUUUUCAUCUGAGUUUUUAAAAUUUGACUACAUUAUUUUAUAGUAUCUUAUAGCGUAUGCAUUUCAAGUUUUAUAUGUAAAAUGUACUCUUAUUUGGGGUAUCUAUUUUUGUAUCUGCAGUGGUUGUCAAUGCAUCUAAUACAAUAUGUGGAAACCUGUA